AUGGAAGAAAACGAAGAAAAUACAAACAAUAAUAAAGUAGAUAAAGAAAUAUUAAUCCAAUUUGUUGAUCAUGAGAAUGUUACAACAGGACCUGUUAUAAAUGUUUCUUUAAAUAUUACAAAAGAUAAUUUAGAUGAAUUAUUAAAUAAUUUAAAAAAAAAGAAUGAGGAUUUACCUGAUCAAGAUGAUUCAGAAGAUAUAAAUUAUUAUUCAUUUAUGAUUAAUGAUAAAUUACCUAUAAAAAAUAGUUUAUAUGAAGCUAUUAAAGAUAAUCAUAUAAGUAGUGAAGAUAUAUUAUCAAUAAAAUAUUUUCCUUUAAAUAUAUUUAAAGUAAAAAAAAUAUCUACAUGUACAUCUACAUUACCAGGACAUACAAGUUCAAUAUUAUGUUUAGCAUUUAGUCCAAAUAGUUCUCACCUUGCCACGGGUUCAGGUGAUAAUACUGUUCGUUUAUGGGAUAUAUACACACAGACACCUAUAGCAACAUUAAAAGAUCAUAAAUCAUGGGUUCUAGUUGUACUUUUUUCACCAGAUAAUAAAUUUUUGGCAACAGCUGGUAUGGAUAGCAAUGUAUGUAUAUAUGAAACACAUACUGGAAAACUUUUAAAUAUAUUAACAGGUCAUAAAAAAGAAGUCACAACGUUGUGUUUUGAACCCUUACAUCUUUUAAAAGAAGAGGAUAUACAAAAUGAUUUGGAUAAUACAAAUAAGAGAAAAAUUAAUGAUAAUGAGCAAAAAGACCAAUCAGAUAAUACAUAUAAGAAAAUAAAAAAGUAUAAUGAAAAUGAUGUUAAUAGUUGCAAUGGAGAUUAUUCAAACGGACACCAUAGUGAAAAGAAUGAUAAAAUAAAGAGUGAUUCUUCCAAAGAAGAAACAACAAAUAAUAAUAAAACGGAUAAAAUAAACAAAAAAAAGAAUAUAUCAAAUAUACAAAAUAACCAAUCGUAUGAUAAUACUUCAUCUAAUCGUUCUUAUUUUGUAAGGAGCAGACUUGCAAGUGCUGGAAAAGAUGGAAGUAUUCGUAUUAACAAUAUUUUAAACAACAGUGUUGAUAAAAUAUUAAAUGGUCAUUCUGAUACAAUUACUUGUAUCUUAUGGUCAGGAAGAGAUACUACAAAUAGUAUUUUAUAUAGUAGUUCGAGAGAUACAACUAUUAAAAUAUGGAAUGUAAAUGAAGGGACCUUAAUAUAUAAUUUUAAAGGACAUAAACAUUGGGUUAAUUGUCUAACCUUAAAUUCAGAAAGAUUAUUAAAAAAUGGUAUAUAUAAUCUUGAUGUUAUAAUUAAUAAAAUUAAUAUAGUAAAUUAUAUAGAUAAAUCAAAAAAUAUAAUGAAAAACUUUUUUAAACGUCAACAAUAUGAAAAAAUUGUAAGUGGUUCAGAUGAUGGUACAUUAUUUCUAAUUGAUUGCCUACCAAAUAAUGAAUAUAAAAAUUUUAGAUUAUUAGGUCAUCAAAAACCUGUAAUUCAUACACAAUUUUCUCCAAAUGGAAAAAUGAUUGUGUCCUCUUCUUUUGAUAAAAGUAUAAGAGUAUGGUCAGCUGUUGAUGGCAAAUUCUUAGCUGUUUAUCGUGGUCAUGUAGGACCUGUAUAUAAAGUUUCUUGGUCUAUAGAUAACAACUUUUUUGUAUCAUGUAGUCAAGAUAGUACUUUGAAAUUGUGGAAGGUUAACCACUUAUUAGAACAAAUUGAAUUACCACAAUCAGAUAUAGAAAAAAAACAACAACAAAAUGAACAAAAAAAUGAUCAAACAAAUAAUGACACUAAUGAUAUAAAAAAUAAUAAUCAACAAAAAAAUAAAGUAAAUGAUAAAGAAAAAAAUCAAAAUAAUAAAAAAAUCAAAACAUUACUUGUAGAUUUACCAGGACAUGCUGAUGCAGUUUAUGCAGUCGACUGGUCAAAUGAUGGUAAAUUUGUUGCAUCAGGUGGAAAAGAUAAAGUAUUAAAAUUGUGGUCCCACUGA